AUGUCACCCACGAAGACGAAGAGGAGCGCGACCGCCACCAACGGCGACAAAGCCAAUGGCAGGACCACGUCUAAGACGCACGACGUCAGCACCAUGGAAUCCGGAAAAGAGCUCGAGCACGAGGUUCAGAAAGACCAGACAUCCCCCAAGAAGCGUAAACAACCACCUGAAAAGGAAACACGCCAAGGAUCACGCAAGUCAGCGCGCAACGCACCAACAGCAGAGCCCUCCCAGUCACAGCUGCUCCGGUACAUGCUAUCUGACAAUGCCACCGAGCUCUGCCGCCCAGCUGACGAGGCGCGCGACCUCGCGUCACGGGAAAAUGCCAAGUGUACCGUCACGUACACGUCCAGCGUGCUGAACCCGUUCCAGGAGCUUGUCAGCGCCGUGGUCCUGUCCCGGCCCAUCUCGCACAUGCUGGGUCUUCGCACGCUCCGGACCAUAUUCAAUGCGCCCUAUGAAUUCAACAAUGCCAAGGCCAUACAAGACGCUGGCCUGGACAAGGUCCACAAGGCUCUCUGGGACGCGCGGACACAGCACAAGGCCAAGACGGCCGAUCAGUUGAGCUACCUCGGUGAUCUCGUCUUGGAGUACUUUGCCGACGAGGACGACAAGGAGGGCGAGCGCCUUGCCAAAGUGCUGGCGAGCGACAAACCGGAUGAAGCGCUGCAAGACCUCAUUGACAAGGUCAAGGGGCUCGGUCCCACGGGAGGAAACAUUUUCAGGAGGCGAGUCCAGUGGCUGUGGCCGGCGGCUUAUCCGUUCAUCGACAGCAGGAGCUCGGACGCGCUGCAGCGCGUCGGGCUUCCCUCGGGAGAGGAUGACUUGCAACAGGUCAUUGGAAGCUACUGGGAUGGGAUGGACCAUGCAAAGUUGGUGGGGCAAGACGUCGACGAGAAGAAGAGGCGGGCUCUUGUCGUGGUUCUCGAGCGGGCGACUGGUGCUGACUUGGAGGGCAAGGUCGAGCAGCUCAAGGAGGCGGCCGCAAAGCUGUAA